AUGAUGGCAGCAGCUGGUGGUGGCCGCAAGAAAGCACUUCUGAAAGUGAUUAUACUGGGCGAUUCCGGUGUUGGAAAGACAUCACUUAUGAAUCAGUAUGUGAACAAAAAGUUCAGCAAUCAGUACAAAGCGACUAUUGGUGCUGAUUUUUUAACAAAGGACAUAACAGUUGGUGAUCGGACCGUCACCAUGCAGAUUUGGGAUACAGCUGGCCAAGAACGGUUCCAGUCCUUGGGUGUUGCAUUUUAUCGAGGGGCGGAUUGUUGUGUACUUACGUACGAUAUUACCAAUGCUAGCUCGUUUAGAAGUCUUGAAUCGUGGAGAGACGAAUUUUUAAUCCAAGCAAGUCCACGUGAUCCAGAAAAUUUUCCUUUCGUUUUAUUGGGAAACAAGGUUGAUCUUGAAAGUAGGCGUGCUGUCAGUACUAAAAGGGCACAAGCAUGGUGUCAAACAAAGAACAGUAUCAAAUAUUAUGAGGUAUCAGCAAAAGAAGCUGUAAAUGUGGAGCAAGCAUUUAUUGAAAUCGCUCGUGAUGCUUUGAAACGUGAAGCACUAGAUGUUCAGAAUUUUCCAGAGUUCCCAGAUCAAAUUCGACUCGAUCAUCGGGAAACAACAAGACCCAGUGAUAGUUGCAACUGCUAA